UACUAGAGACUCAAAAUUUACUGCGCACUCAGGUUGCAAAUUUUACCUUCAACCUUGGAUUUUCAGGAAAGUUUUACCACACAGGAACUGAAGAGGAGGAUGAAGGUGAUGACCUGUUGUUGGAGUCUGUAGAUGAGUUCUGGUGGUUUCCCCAUAUGUGGAGUCACAUGCAGCCUCAUCUGUUCCAUAAUGAGUCAUCACUGGUGGAGCAGAUGAUUCUCAACAAGGACUUUGCACUAGAACAUGGUAUUCCGACUGACAUGGGCUAUGCAGUGGCUCCGCACCACUCUGGGGUCUACCCUGUACAUGCUCAGCUUUAUGAGGCCUGGAAGAAGGUCUGGGGUAUCAAAGUCACAAGCACAGAAGAGUAUCCACAUCUAAAACCUGCACGGUACAGACGGGGCUUCAUCCACAAUGGCAUCAUGGUACUUCCUCGACAGACCUGUGGCCUUUUCACCCACACAAUUUUCUACAAGGAGUAUCCUGGAGGCCCUCAAGAAUUGGACAAAAGCAUCCGAGGAGGUGAACUCUUCCUCACCAUCCUCCUGAAUCCCAUCAGCAUCUUCAUGACCCAUUUGUCCAACUAUGGGAAUGACCGCCUGGGAUUAUAUACCUUUUUGAAUCUGGCCAACUUUGUUAAGAGCUGGACUAACCUAAAAUUGCAGACCCUGCCUCCAGUUCAGCUGGCUCACAAGUACUUUGAACUCUUCCCUGAGCAAAAGGAUCCUCUCUGGCAGAAUCCAUGUGAUGAUAAACGGCAUAGGGAUAUCUGGUCCAGAGAGAAAACUUGUUACCAUCUUCCAAAAUUUCUUGUGAUUGGACCUCAGAAAACAGGAACAACAGCACUUUAUUUCUUUCUCCUUAUGCAUCCUUCUAUCAUCAGUAAUCUCCCUAGUCCAAAAACUUUUGAAGAAGUUCAGUUCUUCAACGGAAACAACUAUCACAAGGGAAUUGACUGGUACAUGGAUUUCUUCCCUACCCCUGUGAAUGUCACCACUGACUUUCUGUUUGAGAAAAGUGCCAACUACUUCCAUUCAGGGGAGGCCCCCAGACGAGCAGCGUCCCUGGUCCCCAAGGCCAAGAUCAUCACCAUUCUCAUUGACCCAUCAGAUCGGGCAUACUCCUGGUAUCAGCACCAGCGAUCUCAUGAGGACCCUGCUGCUCUGAAGUUCAAUUUCUAUGAAGUGAUUACAUCAGACCAGUGGGCUCCCUCAGAGUUAAGGACUCUCCAGAAAAGAUGUCUGAUCCCUGGGUGGUACGCUACCCAUAUAGAAAGAUGGCUAACUCACUUUCCCACUUCCCAGGCAACAAGUACCGGCCUACGAGCAGCAGAGUUUGCAUGGGAUGCAAAGUUCCCAAAAAAAUAUGCCUGCAAGUUGGGGGAUCUAUGGCAGUUGCUAAUUAUUGAUGGACAGCAGCUAAGAAGUGACCCAGCUACAGUGAUGGAUGAAGUGCAGAAGUUUCUGGGAGUCUCACCUCAUUAUAAUUACUCUGAAGCUCUAAUGUUUGACCCUCAGAAAGGCUUUUGGUGUCAGCUACUGGAAGGAGGGAAGACAAAAUGCCUGGGAAAAAGCAAAGGCCGAAAAUACCCGCCAAUGGAUCAGGAGUCUAGAGCUUUUCUUUCAAGCUACUACAGAGAUCACAAUGUGGAACUGUCCAAACUACUGCACAGAUUGGGACAACCCCUGCCAUACUGGCUGAGACAGGAGCUUCAGAAAGUGAGAUAGCACUGAUGUUCAGAGGACCACAGUCUAAUGACAGUUACUGGCACCAUAAAACCCCUCACUUCCCCGACUCACUUGUGAUUGUCAGUAGAGGACCUCAUGAAUAACUGUCUCAAAAUUAAAUACCAAUAUAAAACUGUUUAUAUAUGCACGCGCUGACAGCUAUUAGUAUCAACUCCUUUGUCAGCUUCUGGGACACAAUAUGGAGCUAUGUGGCAUUAUUCUUUAUCCAGCCUGGGACUCAUGCAUAGUCUAGUCCCUCUGUUUACCAGAAAGUUCCAGAAACUGUAUGUAUGAUUGAUAGUCUUCAUCAUAUAUGACAAAUUACAGCCUGUCAGGACACAAGCAAAGGACAGAAACAUCUCCUGGUGGAUUAUGAGAGUAUCCUUUUAAUGUGACUGCUAAGGUGUGGACCUAUCUACAGAUUGGAUCCCCCAUCAUUACCAUAUCUGGAAAAGCUAGCAGAAAAUAAGGAUUUGCAAAUAACAGAGAUUCUUAAGUGUUCAGUGUUCCACUGACUGGAUACUUUUUAUAAAUCAGAAUCAGCAUUAUUUGGAAAUAUUUUUUUUAAAAGUCCGAGGCAAAGAUCUGAGACAUGGGCAAAAAGCUAAUGGAUUUUUUGUUGUUGUUGUUUCUUUUUCAAUCUGAAAACAGCACAUCCAGUUUAACUCUGAUAUAUACUUGAGGUUUGGG